AUGAUAACAGUUAAAUUACCAACAGACAAUCAUUCAGAAUCAUUAGUAUUAACACAUUUCUGUGAAACACAUGGCCCUUCGGUAGUGUUUACGACUCAGUCGGAAUAUGUAUCACCAAACACGACUAGUACAUCUCCUCCUCAUCAUCAUCACCAUCAUAGUCAUUCACAUAGCCAUCUCAACGGACACAGUCAUUUAAAUGGGCAUAGUCAUCACACUGAUGACGAAGACGAAGAUGAUAAUAAUGUCAUUAAAAUGAAUGGUUUGGAUUUAGAAGAAGAAUCAUCAACAUCAACGAAUAAUAAUAAUACAACAAACACUUCACAAAAGAAUAUACAUACAACAUUACCUAAUUUAUUCUCUGAUUCUUCAUUCCAACAAUACCAAGUUAAUGAAGAUGCAAACAACAACAAUCAUCAUCAUCAUCCCGAUCUCGAGAGUAGUAGUAGUUACUCAAAGAGUAUGAAUAUGGCUGAUUUAACACCUGCUGUUACCAAAGUAACAUCAAUCUAUCCAAUCAUCAUAUCAAAUGAUAGUAAUACUGUUAGUAGUACUACAUCAACUGCGUCUACUUCAACCUCAUCAACUUCAACUACACCAACAAAAUGUCCAACAUGUUCAAGUAUACCACAAGGAAGCGGAUUAGUUUCACAAGAUAAAUAUGAAGGAUCGUUGUUUUACAUAUCGACACAUCAACCGAGUAACAAUAGUUAUAGUGGUAUUAGAAGUGCGUGUGUGCGUAGUUUGAGCUGCGAGUUGGUGCCGGGUAGAGAAGGACCGGUGCUGAUUGGGAGUAGCGACGGUUGCUUUUUGUCGUACAUGUUCAAGGUCAAUGACAGUCGUGCAAGAGGGUCUGCCCGAUGGUACGGCUUUUUGUUUAUGUUGGGUGACUCUGCAUGUCUGGUUGGAUACUUUGGAUGGGUAGUGUCGUGCUUUCAACGGUUGGCACACGAAAUCAAACAACGAACAGAAAUAGUGUUGGUUGGACGUCCACCCGCUCUCUUGGACGAGCAACGUCUUGUGAUGGAGCGACUACUCCACCAUUAUGUCGAUCGUCGAAAUAUCGAGGGUGAAGCACCGACCUUGCGUGCUAUGCUCGACGCCAAGCUGCGACGGGCUGCCUUCCCCGUGGUAGAGGAGCGUGUCGAGUCGCUCGGGCAGGUGUGCAAGAUUGUCGGCGAGGCAUCAGUGUCGGCACUCAUCUACAACGUUGUCGUCGGCAACCAAGUACUCGUGCGUGGUCAAAAUGCCGCGUUGGUGGGGUCACUCAUCAACUGUCUGGUCGAUCUUGCACCCUCGGAAUGCAUGACCGUCUGCAUGUACUCUGAAACCUUCAAAGAGAUUUGGGAAUGUAAUAUUGUGGGACUGGCACCCAACGUUGUCAUCCCACGUCACGUCGAUCGUACCGUCAUUGCCAUCGUCGACAUUGACUACUACGACAGCUCCAAAGAACCCGAGGAUAUUGACCAUCCCGACCGCUCCACCAUUGAAAUCUCCUUUAGCGGACCCAAAUACACCUCUUCGAUGGGUAGUGCAAUAGAAUAUGUCAUCCUACAAAACUAUCCUCCCGAAGUUGAAAGAAUUCAUUUAUUAAAUAUUAAAGAAGAAUGGAUCAACAAAACAAAAGCAUUUUAUGGAGUUAGAUCAAUUAUUGAAGAUGUUAGUGACAAGAGAUUACAGAAAUUUAUGCAGAUUAUUAAUUGUGUCUAUGAAAAGGAUAUAAUGAUCUUGAUGUUUUGGACGACAUGUGUCAGAAAGCAAUUUGUGUAUGCGCCAAACCCAAAUGCUCUCAAUAGUCCGUACAACCGUAAUAAUCAAAGUUUACUAUCAAAUGGAAAUGGAAUAUAG